CCUCCUUCUCAGCAUGCGGUCAGAAGGAUCCCCAGCCAGCCUGUUAGUAUCCCUAGGUGCAUAUGGACGCUCUAUCCGGAGACAUGGAAGAAGAGAGCGGUCAGCGCGCUGAUGUACAGGAUGGUCAUGAUGGCAGACCGAAUACUAAAGAGGCCCCCAGGAAAGCCACUGCUAAAAUUAAAGGAAGAGAGUGUGCCGUCUGCAAGAAAAAACUCGCCUCUUCCUGGUCUAAAAUGUUAUGUCAGCAUUGUGCUAAUAAAGUGGUAGAGGAGGAAUCCCCAUCAUUACUUCAGAACAUCAAAGAGAUUGUCAAAUCUGAGGUCUCUGAUUCUAUCAAAAUGUUUAAGAAGUGCCUACCUCCCUCAACCGCAGGCAAGCAAGGUGAUUCUAAUAUCAUAUCUGAUAGUGAAUCUUCCGAGGAGAGUGAGCAAGGAGAGAUCCUAGAUAGUUCAAGCUCCUCCUUGGAUGAAGUUUCCUCGGGUAGACCUUUAUUCCCCCAUGAGGAUACAGAUUCCUUACUCAAGGCUAUUAGAACCACGAUAAAGGUGGAUGAAUCCAAAGAACAAAAGUCCAUUCAAGAUAUAAUGUUUGGGGAUCUGGGUCACAAAAGAUCUAGAGCCUUUCCGUUAAACGAACAUUUAAAACAUUUAAUUCAGAAAGAAUGGAAAAAAAUGGAUAAAAAGUUUUUUAUUCCCAGAAGUGUAAAAAGAAAGUAUCCCUUUGAUGAAGGCGAGUCAUCCUGUUGGGACAGGCCUCCUAAACUAGAUGCCCCUAUUGCGAAAAUCUCAAAAAAAUCUGCCUUGCCUUUUGAGGAUCUUGGCGCCCUAAAAGACCCGAUGGAUAGAAGGGCUGUACCUUAA